CUUAAGUCCUGUAGUAAGAGUACACAGGUAACCAUUGAUUCAUGGAUGCCUCUUUAGCAGCACAACACUCUGGAGCAAUCAAUCACCACCACACCUUCUCCUUCUCCUCCUCGACUGUUGAUGCGCUCCGAGAGGUCAAGCUGAUCGUUUCACUGGUCGUCGUGGGCUGGAUCGCAACCACAGCUCUGAGAGGCUUCGGGAAUAGGAACAGUGUGAGGGAAUAGGGAGGAGGACGAUCCUGAGGGGAUACAUCGACAUAUGAGUAGGGAGAAUGAUGGCGCUGCUACGGAUACCACAGUCGCUCGCAUGGCUGGCGCUGGCGCUGGUGAGAGUCGCCUCCGCUGAGACGCUGCCCAUCGACUCCCUCUCCUUCGGCCACCACGGCGAGCUCACACCACACCACGCCAUACCAGGAUGGCGCCAGAAUGGUUACAACCAUGCGGUGCAGGUCAUGCGGAAUGGAAUCAUCCUCACACCCCCCGUACCGGGCAACGCAAAGGGAGCAUUAUGGUCAGAAGCGCCCGUGGGAGAGGUCACAGACUGGACAGCACAGCUCGAGUUUCGAGCAUCCGGACAAGAGAUGGGCAGUGGAAACCUACAAUUCUGGUAUACGCAGAAUCCCGACACCGUCGGAGUGAAUAGCGUCUACAAUGUGGAAAAGUUCGAUGGCUUGGUCAUUGUGAUCGAUCAGUACGGCGGCUCAGGAGGCAAGAUCAGAGGCUUCCUGAACGAUGGUUCUGUAAACUUUCUCACUUCCGCCUUUCUUGAAUCGCUAGCCUUUGGACACUGUGAUUACAGUUAUCGUAAUCUGGGAAGACCUAGUAAACUCAAGAUUACCAAUCAGGGGGGCCUUACCGUAACCAUUGAUGAUAAGACAUGCUUCUCUUCGAACCAGAUUGCGUUGCCAGCUGGCAACAAUUAUCACUUUGGUCUGACUGCCACCACCGGCGAGAAUCCAGAUUCCUUCGAGGUACAAGCAUUCGCUGUGACUGCUGGAGGUGAUCUUGCUACUGGAACCAAGGCAACGACUUCGCAUCCCAAACAAGGCGAAGAGGCAGCAUAUCAAAAAAUGUCCAAGAUGGACACCAUGCCUGGAGCACCCGAGAUGCUCCCCGACCGCGACGCCGACUCGAUCAAAUCCCAAGCCGACCAAUUCGCCGACCUGCACAAUCGUCUGCAAGGCCUGUCACAUCACAUGGGCACGCUCUACUACGAAAUCAAGACCAUUUCUGACAAAUUGGACACGACGCGUACAGAAGUGGUGCAAAAGGUGGGAACCAUUAGUGGUGGUAGUGGAGGCGGCAGCAGGGACACUGGCAUCCCACCGGAGACAGUGGGCAAAAUCAAUGCUCUGCACGAUCGUGUCUCGAGCAUCGAAUCGGUCGUCAAUAUCAUCCGGAACGACCUCGAGGGCAAAGAUUACAAGCAGAGUAUGGAUGAACUUCACACGGCCAUGUCGUUUUUGCAUCACAACUUCCACACGGGCAUGGAUGGGAAAUUGGAGAGUGCGAUCCGAACACAUGGACCCAGUACAACGCAAAUGAUCUUCACCAUCAUCGGUUUCCAGAUGUUGAUGGUGUUGGGUUAUGCGUGGUACAAGAGACAGAGACACAGUCAGCCUAAAAAAUACUUGUAGAUGUUUUUUUGUGGGGAACAUCUUUUCGCUGAUGAUUGAUUUUGUGUACAGCGUAUUAUCGUCGUUGACAAAAAGAAGAAGAAGAAGAAGAGGUGUUUUUCGGGUUUGCAUUGGACGUGUGCAUGGCUGGGUCGGGUCGGGUCUCUGUGAGGGGGCGAAUUGGGAUGGAUCUGUUGGACAGCUGUUUGCUGCGGGGGGUGUGUGUCUGAGAGAGUGUGUUUGAGAGAGAGAGGGAGAGAGAUGAGAAGGGAAGAGAAGGGAAGAGAAGGGAAGAGAAGAAGAAAACAAGCGUUGAGUGGCCCACCAUGAGGAUGGGAAAGGACAACAAGAACAACAAGAACAACAGCUUUCCCGAAGAAAGAGAGAGAGAGUGUGUGUGUGAGUGAGUGAGUGAGAGAUGUAGAUGAAAUGUACUUUAUAAAGUGAACAAAACAACUGUUAGUAAUUCGAGCUGCGUUGAUGCUGGGGAGAGUUGGACGAUGCAGGCUGGCUGGCAGGCAACUAAGAGGUAUGUAUCUGUAUGUAUAAAAAGGGAACAUCUGG